AUACGGCGCUCGUAGGCGCAGGGCUAGUGUACAAUUUCUAGUGUCGUAACCGCGUUCGACAGAGGAAAAUAGUGCGUGAACCAUUUAACACUUCCUGUAUCAGGUAAUUUGCGUAGCACUUUUAAUUUCGUGUUUGGAUUACGAGUAAACGAAGAUAUCGAUUGACUCUCGGUGUUGCAGCUGUAUGCAUUUAGUGGAAUCCACUCAGUGGGCAGUGGGUGGAAAAAAAGCAUCUCGCAGCCAGACCGAUUUGGCUCGUUCAGCCAGCUUUAGCCAGAGGUCAAAGACAUCGGCUGUCGGAAGGCCUUGAGAGGGAACGAGAACAAACACACGGAAGGGAAAGAGAAAGAGCGACGUUCAGUAGGCAACGGUCAGACACACAGACAGACAGUGACGAGGCGGCAAUAAGAACGCGUUUGAUACGUACAGCGUAAGACGUAGAUUAUUGUUUGAUCAGAUAGUCGAAGAGUGGGAUAGCAGCAGAGAAUCGUUAGACAAAAUGAGUGAGGAGGAUGGCGAGGGCCAAUCGCGCAUCACAACAUCAACACAGCCAGCACCAGUGGCAAGUUCAGCGGAACAACCGAAGGAGGAGGAAACAACGACCCCACCGGGCGCGCGGAAGUUCCCCAAGGUUCCCAUCUUUAUCGUUGAAGACCACCACGACGUACUGACGUUCUUAUACCGAUGCCUGGGCUCGCGGCAUUUACCUCUGGACGGAAACACGAUUAUUCACUUCGAUUCACAUCCGGAUAUGUGCAUUCCCAAGCACAUGCCCGCCGGGUAUGUGUUCAACAAGGAGGAUUUGCUUGAUAGUAUCAGUAUUGAAAACUGGUUGAUGCCGACAGUUUUCGCAGGCCACGUUAAGCGGAUUGUGUGGGUUAAGCCAGAAUGGUCCGCCCAGAUACCGAAGGGCAAGUUUCAAUUCAACGUCGGCGAAUACGAAGGCAGCAUCCGCACAGAUUCCACGCUAGAGUACUUUGUUUCCGACGGAUGCUACCAGCCAGAAGAGAAUCUAGAAAACAAGAAACCCCUCAAGCUGGAAGUGUGUUCCAUCGCAGACUACCAAGCAGCUGAAGACGAAGAUCUAAAAGAUGGCUAUAUCUUAGAUAUCGAUUUGGAUUACUUCAGCACACACAAUCCGUUUUUGAAGAUUUACGAAAAGGUUGGCCUUUACGAAAAGCUUAAGGAGAUAUUCAUAUCGCCAGAGUUGGCAGAUAGCACAGAAAAUGAUCUGGAAAAGCUGCAACGAAUCGCGAAGAAUCGAGAGGAAAAAUUGGAAUUUUUAGAAUCAAUGUUCCUCUACUUGGAGGAGGUUGGAAACCUCAAGCAUUUUCUUGUCGAUUACCAGCAGGAAAUCAGCGAAGAGUACACGCAACUCCUACAGAAAGUAUCAGCGCUUGUGGGAAUUUUGAACAAAGAGUAUUCCGAAGAUGAAAUUGAUUGGUCCAUGAUCUACGACGCUGGCUGCACCUGCGACGUUACCGAUCUUCCCCAUCACGAGUCCAGUCGGGAAGAGAUCGAAUCUAUGGUUUUACAGUUGGAGACCUUCCUGACGCGACUCCCCGGCCCACCAACCGUCAUUACAGUAUCCAGAUCGAGCGAAGAUGAUUAUACGCCAGCUGACCAGGUGGAAAUGAUUCAAGAGCUAGUGCUAGCGGCACUUAAAAAGUGCCUUCGAAACGCAGAGCUAGACGCACCAACGCUGUACUACAAAGAUCAGGAUCUUAAGCUGUAGGAUAACUAUAGUUGAGAAUUCCUGCGCCAGAGGCGAAAGACAAAAUUACAACUGAAGCGAUAUGUUUCCUUACUUCCUUUAAUCUUAAACUUCCUUGUAGGAGCUUACUGAACCAGUGUAUCAUUAUUACUAUGCUACGCCCUAAAACAAUAACUAACGUUUAAUUAUUUAAGCCAGAACAAAACUAUCAGGAAUAAAACACCAAAAUAU